CCGAAGGCGCCCGCGGCCGGACGCUCCCACGCCACAGGUGCUGCCCUCUUUCUGACUACAGGGCAGCUGAACAGGAUGGUAGCCCGGCGCUGAGAUGUCGUCGCCCCUGAGCCGCCUGGGUCUGGGACCCCGCGGUCAGCCGAGGACUCUGCGCGUCAUGGUUCUGGGCCAGGCCGGCGUCGGCAAGUCUGCUCUGGUGGUGAGGUUCAUUACGAAGCGCUACAUCGGUGAGUACGACCCGACGCUGGAGAAGGUGUACCACUUCCAGACUGUGAUGGACGGUGAAGCGGUGCUGUUCGAGAUCCUGGACACCGCUGGACAGUCGCACGAGAGCGAGUGCGUGACGCUGGAGGCGAACAUCCGCUGGGCGGAGGCGUUCGUGCUGAUGUACUCGGUGACGGACAAGUGCUCCUUCGACGAGUGCAACCGGCUCAAGUUCCUCAUCAACUACAACAAGCGCCGGCGCCGGCUCGGGCCCGCCACGCACAAGGAGCCGGUGGGCGAGGCGCCGGUGGUGCUGGUGGGCAACAAGACGGACCAGUGGGGCGAGCGCAUGGUGAGCCGCGAGGAGGGGCUGCGCCGCUGCCGGGACACCGCCUGCGCCGCCUUCCACGAGCUCUCCGUGCGCGAGAGCAUCGAGCAGGUGUGGGCGGUGUUCCGGGACGUGUACCGGCUGUGGCGGCUGCACGCCAAGGGCGCCCGACUCUGCCGAUCCCGCAGCGAACUCUCCUCGGCCGCCGCCGUCGCGCUGCUGGGGCGCCGGUGGACCGAGGUGGAGCUGGACGAGGAGGGGGAGGCGGAGGCGGGCGGCGUCCAGCCGGCGGGGCGCGCAGCCGCUGACGUCACCGCGGACCCGCUCCCAGCGUUCCGCGCGCGGGCCUCUACCGACGGCCACCUGCUGUCGCGGCCGCGGCUCUGGAAGCUGCCACACCCCCACAACCAGCCGCGCACCGAGCGCCGUAUGAGCAUCUCAAUGCGCGGCAACAACGCCAGCUGCUGAGCGGCACUACCUGCGUGACGUCACCAGCCUCAGGAGCCGGCCGGCCACACAGUGGACAUCCUCCAGAUGAUGACUGCAACAGGCUCCAAACACAGCUUUCAGCUGCACAACUAGAAACUGCUGUCGCUCUGUAAAGACUUUUCUACAGCCAGCUUCAGUUGCAGGGGCAGUGAUAAAAUUUGUCUCAUCACCAUGAAAGAAAUCGCUAUCCUGGACUUAAGUCAUUCCAUCGUACUCGCCAGAUAAUGUGACAUUUCUGCUGAUGAUAAAUGAAUUGGUAAACAUUCUGAUGAAAGCAUUCCUCACUUUGUUGGCUGAAAAACGGCUCUGUUUCUCCUGUUACCUUUUUGUCGUUCUGGCAGUGCCAGUACGCUGCUUUUCGACUGUUUAUUGGAUAGAAGAGUGCAGAUAUUUAAGCACCGGGACCUCCAUUUCUGUGACAGUUCCUGGUUCGUGAAUGAGGGGCUCAUUUACACACACUGGAAACGUCAGCGCUUUUUACCUACAGGGUCAUACAAUACUGACAGCCAUCUUAUCACGAAUGUCACUGGCAUAUCUUCUUAACAAAGAAUAAUAAUCCUGAAAAGACACAAAUCAUCGUUCGAGCCCACACGUCUAAUGCCAUUCUAAACUGUUCUCCAUGAUAGUAUGAACUACAUGAUCACCCCUUAUGCUUUGUUACUAGCGUGUAAUGUGCUGCAGACAACAUUACGCUCGAGAAUAGUAGUAGUUCCUUACCUAAAUUCCUGACAAGACCAAUUCUGAUCUCAGUAGAACCAUUGUGACUGUGUGUGUGUGUGUGUGUGUGUGUGUGUGUGAGAGAGA